CCGAGGCCCAGGGGCCCGAACGCCGAGCCCCGUGCUCCCUCGGCUACGGUGGGACCGGGCAGCUGCGCAGUCUCCGCCGCUCCCGGCCGUAGAGGCCCCACGGAGCAUGUCCGAGGAGAGCGACAUGGAGAAAGCCAUCAAGAUUCCGUGGACUGCGUUUUACAGCCCUGGGGCGAAUGGUUUGUGUAUAUAUAGGGAGGGAUGUCCGACUCCCUCUGACUUCCCUGAUUAAAGUAGGGAUGUGAUUUGUACUCAUCUAAAUCGCAAGGAAACCUCCAUUUUAGAGGAAUACAAUAUCAAUUGGACUCAGAAGCUGGGAGCUGGAAUUAGUGGUCCAGUUAGAGUCUGUGUAAAGAAAUCUACUCAAGAACGGUUUGCACUGAAAAUUCUUUUUGAUCGUCCAAAAGCUAGAAAUGAGGUACGUCUGCACAUGAUGUGUGCCACACACCCAAAUAUAGUUCAAAUUAUUGAAGUGUUUGCUAACAGUGUACAGUUUCCUCAUGAGUCCAGCCCCAGGGCUCGACUCUUAAUUGUAAUGGAGAUGAUGGAAGGGGGAGAGCUAUUUCACAGAAUCAGCCAGCACCGGCACUUUACAGAGAAGCAAGCCAGCCAAGUAACAAAGCAGAUAGCUUUGGCUCUACGGCACUGUCACUUGUUAAACAUUGCUCACAGAGACCUCAAGCCUGAAAAUCUGCUCUUCAAGGAUAACUCGUUGGAUGCCCCAGUGAAGUUGUGUGACUUUGGAUUUGCCAAAAUUGACCAAGGUGACUUGAUGACACCCCAAUUCACCCCUUAUUAUGUUGCACCUCAGGUACUGGAGGCACAGAGAAGGCACCAGAAGGAGAAAUCUGGCAUCAUACCUACCUCGCCAACGCCCUACACUUACAACAAGAGCUGUGACUUGUGGUCCCUAGGGGUGAUUAUCUACGUGAUGUUGUGCGGAUACCCUCCUUUUUACUCCAAACACCACAGCCGGACUAUCCCAAAGGAUAUGCGGAGAAAGAUCAUGACAGGCAGUUUUGAGUUCCCAGAAGAAGAGUGGAGCCAGAUUUCAGAGAUGGCCAAAGAUGUUGUGAGGAAGCUCUUGAAGGUCAAACCAGAGGAAAGACUCACCAUUGAGGGAGUAUUGGACCACCCGUGGCUCAACUCGACGGAGGCCUUGGAUAAUGUGCUACCGUCUGCUCAACUGAUGAUGGAUAAGGCGGUGGUUGCAGGAAUCCAGCAGGCUCACGCAGAACAGUUGGCCAACAUGAGAAUCCAGGAUCUGAAAGUCAGCCUCAAACCCCUUCACUCUGUGAACAACCCCAUUCUGAGGAAGAGGAAAUUACUCGGCACCAAGCCAAAGGAUGGUGUUUAUAUCCACGACCGUGAGAAUGGAGCCGAGGAUUCAAACGUUGCCUUGGAAAAGCUCCGAGACGUGAUUGCUCAGUGUAUUCUCCCCCAGGCUGGUAAAGGAGAGAAUGAAGACGAAAAGUUGAAUGAAGUAAUGCAGGAGGCUUGGAAGUAUAACCGGGAAUGCAAACUUCUAAGAGAUACUCUGCAAAGCUUCAGCUGGAAUGGUCGUGGAUUCACAGAUAAAGUAGAUCGACUAAAACUGGCAGAAAUUGUGAAGCAAGUGAUAGAAGAGCAAACCAUGUCCCACGAAUCCCAAUAAUGACAGCUUCAGACUUUGUUUUUUUAACAAUUUGAAAAAUUCUUCUUUAAUGUAUAAAGUCAUUUUUAUGUAAAUUAAUAAAUCGUAAUUUCAUUUCCA